AUGUCGGCUACGUUAAAACCCUAUUUAACUGCCGUUCGGCACACUUUAACAGCGGCUAUGUGUCUGGAGCACUUUUCGUCGCAAGUCGUAGAGAGGUACAACAAACCGGAGGUCGAGGUUAAAACAAGCAAAGAGCUUCUGUUAAAUCCAGUGAUCAUUUCCCGUAACGCCAACGAGAAAGUUUUGAUCGAAUCAUCAAUAAACUCUAUCAGAGUCAGCAUUAUGAUCAAACAGGCGGACGAAAUCGAAAAAAUCUUGUGUAAAAAGUUUAUGCGUUUCAUGAUGAUGAGAGCGGAAAACUUUAUCGUACUAAGGCGGACGCCAGUGGACGGAUAUCAUAUCAGUUUCUUAAUAACAAAUUUCCACACGGAACAGAUGUAUAAACACAAAUUGGUAGAUUUCGUUAUAUAUUUCAUGGAAGAAAUCGACAAGGAAAUUAGUGAAAUGAAACUGGCCGUUAAUGCACGCGCUAGGAUUUGCUCAGAAGAAUUUCUAAAAAGAUUCUAA